AUUUUUCCCAGCCCACUUGCUACAAAAACCCUUCUCUUCUCCUUCCUCUCUCGACCUCGCUCUCGCUCACGGCUCACCCCCGCUGCCUCUCGCUCUCUGCCUCCUCUUCUCUUGCUCGUUCGCUCGUGCUUGCCCUCGCUCUCUGACUCUCUCUUGCUCUCGCUCGCCCUCCGGCUCUCGCUGCCUGCCUCUCGCCCUCGCUCUCUGCCUGACUGCCUCUCUCUUGCUCUCGCUCGCUCUCGCCCUCGCCCCCACGCUCGCUUGGCCAGUCGGCUUCGCCCUCUUGCUCGCUGCCCUGCCUCUGAUUCAGGUCUUCGUUUUACCCCCCCAAACUUCCAGAUUUGCUUCAUUCGAGCCCAGCCCCCCCACCUAAAUUCUUGGAUCCGCCCCUGUUGCUCCCUGUGCCUCAUUCGCCCCCUGAGAGAGAGAGAGAGAGAGAGAGAGAGAGAGAAUGCUGGACAUAAAUCUCUUUAGGGAAGAUAAGGGCUACAAUCCAGAAAUCAUACGUGAAUCUCAGCGCCGUCGAUUUGCUAGCGUUGAUCUUGUCGAUGAGGUCAUUCGCCUCGACAAGGAAUGGCGACAGCGUCAAUUUGAGUUUGAAACUCUCAGGAAAGAUUUCAACAAGAUAAACAAAGAAGUCGGCAGGCUUAAAAUUGCUGGUGAGGAUGCAAGUGAAAUGAUUAAAAGUACCGAGGACAAUAAAGAGUUGACUGCCAAAAAAGAAGUAGAGGUCCAAGAGGCCCGGGCAGCACUGUAUUCCAAAUUGGAAAUAAUUGGAAACCUUGUCCAUGAUUCUGUUCCAGUAAGCAAUGAUGAGGCAAAUAAUGCUAUAAUUCGAUCUUGGGGAGAGAAAAGGUCAGAAUCCAAUUUAAAGAAUCAUGUUGAGCUGGUUGAACUUCUUGGAAUUGCUGAUUCGAAGAAAGGUGCUAACGUAGCAGGAGGCAGAGGUUUCUAUCUGAAAGGUGAUGGUGUGCGCCUUAAUCAAGCUUUAAUUAACUUUGGUCUUGAUUUUUUGGAGAAAAGAGGAUUCACUGCAUUGCAGACUCCAUUCUUCAUGAGGAAAGAUAUCAUGGCAAAGUGUGCUCAAUUAGCACAAUUUGAUGAAGAACUUUACAAGGUAACUGGUGAGGGAGAUGACAAAUAUUUGAUUGCUACAGCUGAGCAGCCACUCUGUGCUUAUCAUCUAGAUGAUUGGAUCCAUCCAUCACAGCUACCACUAAGAUAUGCUGGGUACUCGUCUUGCUUCCGUAAAGAAGCUGGGUCACAUGGUCGGGAUACUCUUGGAAUUUUCCGGGUUCAUCAAUUUGAGAAAGUGGAGCAGUUCUGUAUUACCAGCCCAAACGGCAAUGAAUCUUGGGACAUGCAUGAGGAAAUGAUUAAAAACUCUGAGGAGUUUUACAAGAUGCUAAAAUUACCCUAUCAAGUUGUUGCCAUUGUAUCUGGUGCUUUAAAUGAUGCAGCAGCAAAAAAGUACGAUUUGGAGGGAUGGUUUCCUGCAUCCAGUACUUACAGGGAGCUUGUGUCAUGUUCAAAUUGUACUGACUAUCAGUCCAGGAGAUUGGAGAUUCGAUAUGGACAGAAAAAGAGUAACGAGCAGGUGAAGCAGUAUGUUCACUUGUUGAACUCGACCCUAAGCGCAACAGAGAGGACGAUGUGCUGCAUACUUGAGAAUUACCAGAAGGAGGAGGGCGUUGAGGUACCGGAGGUCCUGCGAGAAUUCAUGGGUGGGAAGACCUUCCUGCCCUUCUUGAACAACAACAACCCGGCCACCAAAGAAGCCAAGGGGAAGAAAUCCAAGGCCUAACCAAAAGGUAAAUUGAAGAUUGUGUUUUUCACCUUAUUGUGUCCCUUUGAUGACUGACAUACAUACGCAUAUUUUGGAUUAUUAUAAGAUGGAUGGAACCUUUCUUCUUAGUGGCUGUGGCUGUGGUUCCCUUAGACAAUGUUAAAUGAAAAUUUGAGAGAGUAUGCUGUAAUUGUAUGCUCUAUUUGAUGCUUUGAUGAAACAAACUAAUUUUAUUAAAA